UCCUUUGUGGAGACGAACUAAGCAGUAAUGUUUAUCCUCUCGGGAGACAAUUGCCAGUUGUUCCUUCGCCUGAUUGUCGCUCCAUAAUAAAUAAUUGUUGUGUAUUUACUUGCUAAAAUGACUGGGAAGACAACAGUAGGGAAGGCCGCCAUACUCCUUUUAGCAGUUUCUUUUGUAACUGCCCAAAAUAGAUUGUAUACAACCCCGAAUAGAUCCGGAGGGUCCUCUGCUUCUGGCUCGAGCUCGACUGGUUCACAAACUUCAGCUGGAAGUGGUAACGUGGGGUCAGGGUCUGCAGGUGGUUCCUCUGGCUCUGCGUCUGGGGGUAGUGGGUCAAGUAGCAGAGGAGAUUCAGUCAGUGAUGGGGCUAACAGAGGGUCAGGAGGCAGUGGUACUAGAUUUGCCUCUGGAUCAAGCGACGGGAGAUUGGGAUCUGCAUCUGGAACUGGCAGUGGUUCCAGGUCUACUGGAAUUGGAAGCCAAACCCUCUUUGGUACUUCAGGAAGUUCAGGUUCUGGUACUGGCAAUGUUGUUGGUUCUGGAAGUGGUUUUGUAUCUAGCCAAGGUACUGGAACCCUAGGUGGCCUCCCAUUAUUUGGAUCUAACCUUGGAGGAGGGGUAACAGAUACUUCAUCAAACACUGGCAGUAAUAUUGGUUCUACGAGUGGGUCUGGUGGCCAGUUUUUAUUUGGUCAGAACUUUGCGGAUUUUAUAGCACAGUUGACAUUAACAAUUACGCAAACUACAACAGUUGACAGAUUUGUCACUGUUACAGAAACUAUACUCAACAGUGUGCCAAUCACGCUUACUGGCUUUUCUGUUAACACUGUGACUUUAACUACCUUUCAGGUGCAGCAGACUGAAGUAGAUGACGUUGUAUCACUCUCUACUACAAUUGUGGAAAGACCUGUCACGGAAUUUGUUACCACUGCAAAAUCAAACUACUACUAUGUGACUGAAGUAUCGAGGGAAAUUUACACCAUAACCCAUAAUGCAUACUUGAUCCAGCAGACAACUCACACUACAUUUGCCACACAAACACUUACUUUGUCCUCUCCAGUAGUGAGGACAUUUUUAACAACGGCAGUCCAGACUUUGACAGAUUAUCGCACUAUUGUGAAUACGGUGUUCGCCAAUGGAUAUUUUUAUUAAACUUGGUUAAAUAAAAAAAUUCCUGAAGUA